GCUGCACUCUGUCACAAAUCACUGUAAUCAAGGUAAAGCCUUAAUUACAUGGGUCUUUAAUACGAGUACUGACAUCUGAUUGAUUGCGAUAUCAAGUAUUUAUGGCGGUGUCAAGGAGCAUUAAGUAAACAGUUGAAAAUGGAAUUGUCCGCGUCAACCAGACCGAUAAGGCAGGGAUCCUCGGUGUUUUUGCUCAAGAGCUUGGUCAGAAGUCUGCGGCAAUUCCUCAACCAGACUAGCUUGCAUGGCCUGAAAUUUGUGGGCGAUUCCAGUCUCAGCAGUUGGGAAAGAUCAUUUUUCUUUGGCUCCUUUGUAAUUGCCCUCAUAAUCACAGUCCACCUUAUAUCGAACAUUUAUGUCAAGUGGGAUAGCACUCCGGUAAUAAUUGGCAUCAGCCCACAUGCCACCUCUAUUCUGAAGGUACCCUUUCCGGCCAUAACCAUUUGCAAUAUGAACCAAGUCCAAAAGAGUCAAGUGGCCGCUUAUAGGGAGGGCUCCGACGAGAGUGCCCUCUUGCAGCUCUUGUGUGACUCGGAUAGCUGGCAAUCCAAUAAGUUUGACGAGGAGCUUGCCGCUUCAAACUUCGACAGGAAUAACUUAAGGAUAUCCGACUUUGUCUCAAACCAUUCCCAGUCCUGCGAGAGAAUGUUGCUCUUCUGUAGAUUUAGUGCGGUGGAGCGAAACUGUUCGCAUUUGUUUCAGCAGAUCCUGACGGACGAGGGCCUGUGCUGCGUCUUUAAUUUUCAGCCGCCGGAACAUCUAUACAAGCCUUACUCAAAUAACCGUCGGAAUUUGACCAGUGCAGAUGGGUUUGAAACUGUUAAGUGGGACCCGGAGACAGGAUAUCCUGAAAAACUGCCUCCCAAAUAUCAUCCAGCGCCCUCAAGUGGAACUGGCAUAACUUUGGGAUUUACUGCUGUGCUAAAUGCUGAAAUGAGCGAAUACUACUGCUCCUCAACAAAUGGACCAGGUUUUAAGGUUUAUUUCCACAAUCCCAUCGAGGUGCCCAUGGUAAAAGAGGCGGGCCUGAUCACAGCCAUUGGCUACGAGACCAAUUACCGGAUCGAGAUGGUUAGAGCCGAGGCGGUGCCGGCAAUUCGUUCUAUAUCUCGCGACGGCCGACAGUGCCUGUUUAAUGACGAGAAGGAGUUGAUCUUCUAUAGAAUUUACACGCGGCUCAACUGCGAAAAUGAAUGUUUGGCUGCCUACCUUUACGAGUCGUGCUCCUGCAUCCCAUUCGAUUAUCCACAAAUCUACAGCAACGCCAGCACCUGCACUAUGAGAGACACCUUCUGUGUGCGACGGGCCCAAAGGGAGGCCGUUCGUCCGGGUUGGGUCAAGUGCCGGAAACAGUGCCUGCCCAGCUGCUUUGAUCUGAACUAUUUGGCCAGUGGCUUCGCCUUCCCGCUGGCUACCAACAACUUUCAGCUGGCCAACGCGCUGGUGGAGAGCAUGAACAAGUCCUAUCUCAGCGAGAAUAUAGCCGUGAUUAAUGUCUACUUUAGAGAGUCGGUCUACUACGGAAACACCAAGAAUGCCUACGUGGGAUUGACUGAGUUUCUGUCCAAUGUCGGUGGUGUAAUGGGCCUUUUUAUGGGUUUCAGCGUUAUCUCCCUGGCGGAGAUUCUCUACUUUCUAAUCUUGAGACCUAUUUCGGAACUUUUCGUUUGGAAGAGGUCAUCCCGUGUAGACUCGGAAAACAGUCUAAAACACAACGCCUUCGCCAUUGAACAAGCCAAGGAUUCAGAUAAACCCAUUUCAUGGCUUACCAGAGAACUAUAUCCCAAAGGUGUAAAACUGAGAUCAUUCGAAAGGGGUGGUAGAAUAAAGGGCACUAAAACUAUGGACAAUUCCUCAAACCAUUAAAGUUCACAGACCAGAAAUUGCUUUUAUGUAACAAUGUACGAGAAUACACAUGUAAUGGCCACGUCAUGCAUAGCAUUGCGUGACCAGUAAUAAAAUAAAAGGGGAAAACAUUAUG